AUGGAUCAUGGAGCAAGCAUGGUCUGCAAGAAUUUCCAAGGUGAAACGCCAUUAGAUUGUGCUCCUGCCACAUUGCAAUACAGAAUGAAGAAGAAGAUGGAAGAAAAUGAUUAUAUAUUCACAUUGGAAUAUGGUACCAUUUUUGGGGAAUUGAUGGAGAAUGAAAAUGCGACAAAGGGUAGUCGACCUGCUGCGAAAUAUGUGGUAGAGAAUACACCUUUGGUGGAGUUGACAAAAGACGAAAUGGGGGAAAAUAAUGAUUCGGUUGUCUGCACAGUUCACUGCAUUUUGCCAUGGCUCAAGAUUAGGAAUACUUGCCCAGUUUGUAGGUAUGAGUUGCCUACAGCUGAUGUAGAUUACGAGAAGAGGAAGACUGAGAGGAGUGGUGCAGGAAUUGCUUCUCGCUUCGCUGAUGAUCUUCAGGCAAGAAAUCAGUACUAUAUUUUGUUCAAGGAGCUGCUACCAAAGUAA